UCCUUCCACCUUCAAAUCAAAUAUUCUUUCUUUUUGCCUUCUGUUACGCCUCUGAAGUUCUCUCCAAAGUGGGCAUAGGCACUACCUGGUUCUUUCGGCUGUUUGCUGUUUCUGGGUAUGCACUGUAAUGUUCCAGCAAGCUGCUAGCUUGUGUGGGUGCUCUUUCAAUUGUGGCGUCUCCAGUUCCAGUUGUAAUCCAUCGAGUGCGAAUAUCAAAAUCUCAUAUAUUCCACACGUUCUGGUUCCCUCAUAGUAUGCAUGCAUCAACCCCGUAUCGUCUUGGGGGAGAUACCCCUAUUCAUGUUUCCGUGCUUAGCAUUCUGUGCCACAACUCGGAUAGGAAUCAGCUUCAUUAACUGCGCACCGGCUGUAAGGAGAGGCUAUGUUCCCUUUGCGCCGCAACCCUCGUUGUCUCUGCGAGGCCCGCCAACUGCUGCAAAGAUGCUCCCCCGAGCCAGUCAGGGCUUCAUUCCGCUCGCACCGUCCGCAUAUAGAUACAUAAGGCGUGGAUCGACUCGUGACGCCAAGCUCGAUGUAACAUAUAUAUCGGUUGGCCCCCCCUCAGUGUCGAUGCCACAACCGUAUGAAAAACCAUCGUAGAUCAUAUCGGGUUUGUAUGGGACCUGCAGUGAUGAAUUCAACCGUUCUGUUUCUCUGCUGGGCCACUGGUAGCAUGCCAGUGACUAUUCAGUCUGGC